AUGGCGAAGGUCAGUGUGAAUGGAUUUGACUGUAUUGGGUGCCUGGUUGCCAGGGCUGCCUUCUGCUCUACAUCUGGCAAAGUGGAGAUUGUUGCCAUCAGUGACUCCUUCGUUGACCUCAACUACAUGGCCUACAUGGUUCAGUAUGACUCCACCCAUGAAGACUGUGGAUGGCCCCUCUGGGAAGCUGUGUGUGAUGACCAUGGGGCUGCCCAGAACAUCAUCCCUGCAUCCACUGGUGCUGCUAAGACUGUGGGCAAGAUCAUCCCAGAGUUGAAUGGGAAGCUCACUGGCAUAGCCUUCUGUGUUCCUACCCACAAUGUGUCUGUUGUGGAUCUGACAUGCUGUCUGGAGAAACCCACCAAGUAUGAUGACAUCAAGAAGGUGGUGAAGCAGGCAUCAGAAGGCCUACUAAAGGGCAUCCUGGGCUACACUGAGGACCAGGUUGUCUCCUGUGACUUCAACAGCACCUCCCAUUCUUCCACCUUUGAUGCUGGGGCUGGCAUUGCUUUUAAUGACAACUUUGUAAAGCUCAUUUCCUGCUAUGACAACGAAUAUGGCUACAGCAACAGGGUGGUGGACCUCAUGGCCUCCAUGGCCUCCAAGGAGUCAGAAGCCCUGGACCGCCCACCCUAG